UUUUCUCGCCGCCUCGCUUUCCUCGAAUCCUUCGUCGCCAAGUCGUGGCGGAACUACUCCACCACCACCAGGUCCGUCCGCUCCGCUGGCGACGGAGAUUCGCGCCUCGGUUGCUCCUCCUCUUCCUCGCCCCUUCCGCUCGCGCAAGCUUCAGCCGAGUUCCCAGCCCCAGCCGCCUCCGAUCUCUCAUCGCUCCCAGACCCCGCCCCCGGCGGAUCUGCUCCGGCGAUGGGGGAGCAGCCGCAGCAGGAGCCGCUCCUCGAGGUAGAACAAUGUGUCACGUCCAUACCAGAAGAUCAUGAAGCCACUUGCUGGGGCUGCGGUCUUCGGCUUGUUUUUUCAAGUUAUUCACCUGUCUAUAAGUGUGGUUGGUGUGGAGCAGUCACCCAAGGCAACCAAACUUCAAGAAAACCUGACAGUGUAUGCUUUUCUCACUGGAGGCGUUUCCGGGAUGGGUUCUUUGUGAUUGUGCUCGUCCUCUUCGUGCUCUUCGUUAUUUGUGGCGGGGUCUGGGCGGUGUAUCCAGUUGUUUUCUCAAUCAGCAUCUUCUGUGGCAUCUUUCACUGCACAGUCACAGCUCUCUUAUCUAUAUUUACAAUUGCAAGUUAUUGUUUGGCCUCUUUCAAGUCUGCUGGUGCACCACCAGGCAUACGUUGGGGAAGCUAUCCCAUGGUUGGAAAAAAUGAUCUUGAGAACUAUACUUUCUGUACAUAUUGUAGUAAACCUAAACCCCCAAGAGCACAUCACUGCCGAUCUUGUAAAACAUGUGUGGUGGACAUGGAUCAUCAUUGCCCAUUUAUUGGGAACUGUGUGGGAGCUUCAAAUCACCAAGCUUUUGUCAUUUUUCUCAUCUCUGUGGUCACGAGCUGCAGUUAUGCUGCUAUUAUGACCAUUUAUGCAAGUUAUUGUAUAUGGCCCCCUCUAGAGUUUCCAAAUGUAUCAUCAUAUGGUCAAAUGGGUUCUACGAAAGUACUGAUGGAGAUCAUUACUAGCGUGGCCAGUUCUGCAUUCUUCUUAUCAGCAAGGGGUAUAAUUCUGGUAUAUCUUGCAUUUGCCAGUCUAUCAGUUAAUGCGGGUAUAGCUGUGUUGCUGUGCCAGCAACUUAGCUUAAUAUAUGAAGGAAAUACAUAUCUUAGCCAUAUAAGCUCACCAACUGAUAUUCAUGGAGAGAGAGGAUUGCGAAAUCUUGUUCGAUUUUUUGGGUGCCCCUACCCUCUUUCUAGACUAUUGUUGGGCUACACCAACACUGGCAAGUCGCAGAACAAUUCAGGCUCAAAACUUCUUUAGAGGCUCCAUUGCUAAUAUGUACAUUUCACCAAUUGAGGGAAGGAUGUUUGAUUCUGCAUUUCUGCUGCCCAAUAGCCAACUAGUCUGUACAACUGAAGCUGGUGAUGUAAAAUAGCAGUGACGUACAUGAUAAUUCCUAAUCUAUAAGGGUGGCUUUGUUACAAAGAUUUUCUUUUGGAUUCAGUAGUAGUAAAAUGGCUGUCUUCAGGUGGAUGUUUCACCGGGGUUGCUUUACUCGAACAGUUUCAGCAGAUGCUGAAAUACCAUGUGGUCCUAUCUGUUCAUUUCCUACAGAUGAUCUUGCUGCUCUGGUGAAUUGCAGUAUCUGGAAUUCUGAUAGUGGUGGAGUCUUUGCUCCGAGAUCACAUCUUUUACGGUUGGGUGCUCCAGUAGAAACCAUGGUGAAGAAGUGAAGAUUAAUUAUGAUUUACAGUGACUCUGAAUGAUGCUGUGAAGGCGCGGAAUGCUUGGGCCACAUCUCUUGGCUGUCAAAGUAUACUGACAUGUAUAGGAAAAGAAACCCAACACUUGUUUUUCUUUAAACCAUUUAUAUUAAUCAUACUGAAGUAGCCUUGGUAACCAUGGUCGUCAACUCCAUACAACAGGAUUUACCUGUGCUGUAAUCCUGUAUCCAGCCUUGUUGAACUGAUGCGCAUCCUGUGAUAUUAACGUAUGCUGUGCAUCAUGGUCGCCAACUUA